AUGAAUGAACUCAGCAUCUUUAAUUUAUCAUCUUCAAUAGGAAAGAUUAUAUUCAUCGCAAUCGUACUUUUAAUUAUUUUGUCCUCUUAUCUCAGUAAUCAACCUCCAUCGUCAUGUGAUAUGACAAUAGCAACAAAUCGAAAUUUCCACAAUUACUAUGGUAUAAUUGGUAUGACGAAUCAUUUCACAGCUGAUCCAGCCCAGGAAUGUCAAGCAAGUAUCAUCUAUCAACCAACGUUACCUCAAAUGAUAUUAAAACCCGAUCAUUCAGCAAGUUCAUUUAUGACAUUAGCCGAAUAUGGAACUGGUAAAACUUUACUCAGAUGUGAAUAUCUUAGAUCUUUAUCUUCAAAUGAGUAUCUCAAACUCACCAUAUUAGACAAACUAGUUACUCAAUAUCUCGAUCGAUUUAUUCAAAAAAUGAUUGAGGGUAAAAAGGAUUGUCAAAAAGAAAACUGUCUAGUCGACUGGUCAGAAAAUGAAUUUGCACAAUUACUUUUAUCCACUUUGGUCACAAACUUUAUUGAUUCAUAUGAUACUCACAAACACAACGGUCCUGAUUUAUCGUUAGAUGAAAAAAUUAAUCUCAUCACUAUCAUUUGUUAUUAUUACAACGGCUUAGGUACCAGUCAACUAGAGAAAUUUGUUAACUGGUUUCUCAAUAAAGACCUAUGGUCACACUAUAAAGCUGAUGGAGAACAUGUUCAGCCAUACAAGCAUCAUAAUCAACAAUUGUUGAAUCAUUUGAUAGUUGAUCUGAACAAAUUCUCUAUUCUAAACAAAAAUUCUGAACGAUUAGGUUUAUUACUGAUUAUUCUGGAAGGUGAAGGGUUUCAAAAUAGAGCUAUUGCCAAACAUCUAUAUGGUGAACAUUUUAAAGAUCUUGUUGAAUUUUCAUCGUUCAUCAAAACUUAUUUCAAAAAGACACCAGUAUUUGUUAUUGAUGGCAUUGAUCAAAAUGUCCAUUUUGUAGGAAAUGAAAACAGAGAUUCGUUCGAAUCUUUCUGUCGUUCCUCCGUUUCACCAUCAAUUCUUUCCAUGGUUAUGGCUAAUCAUUUUUAUCUUUCAUUAUUCUAUCCAAAAAUCGAUGGUGUUAAUAUCAAAGAUGUCAUUACUCGAAAAGAUAAAUUUCCUAUACAUACAAUUAGUUGGAAUACUAAAUCUCUGAUAAAUUAUGCUGAUUAUGUUCUUCAAGAAAUGAAUAAGAAUGCGAAGAAAACACGAUGUAAAGUAUUUCCGGAUUUCAAAAUAUUGGUGAAUUAUUCUGAUGAGAGAAAUGCUGAAAUUAUUAACAAAAUUCCAACACCAAGAGCUCUUCAUCGCUUUAUAGCGGAGCUGAUCCCAGAAAUGAACAACGAUGCGAAUAAUGUAGUAGAACCAUUUGAAGCAACUUUCGAAAACGUUGAUAAUGCUUAUAAGAACUCGUUCGAAUCAUUUGAAACAAAAACUAACGAAUGA